AAUAUGAUACCUUUUGGUAAGUGGUGAGAAUGAUCAUGGAACCUACUGAAGUUAAUACUGAAGUAAUAUCAUCUUACUUCUCUAGAGAGAUUGAUUUAAGUUGUAAAUUUAUAGACCUAAUAGAUGAAUUAAAUAGCUCUUUAGAACUGUUGGAACUCCCAAAAUCAAUUCAAUGUAUCUACAAUCCAACUAUUUAUGCUAGGCAUACAUUCGAAAAAUAUGUUUGCAAAUAUUGCAACACAAAAAAGCAAAUUGUUUAUUUUGGUAUGAACCCUGGCCCAUGGGGAAUGUCUCAGACUGGUGUACCCUUUGGUGAAAUUGGUUCUGUAAGAGAUUGGUUGCGUAUAGAGGGUCCAGUUGGGAAACCAUCAAAAGAAGUUAUUACUAGGCCCAUCAAAGGAUUCAAUUGCAGUAGGACUGAGAUAAGUGGCAAGAGAUUCUGGGGACUGUUUAAGGAUUUAUGUGAUACUCCUGAAAACUUUUUUAAUACAAGCUUUGUUUAUAACUAUUUGCCACAACAGUGGAUGAAAAGCAAUGGCUGCAACAUUACACCUGCCGACUUUAAGAUGAUGGAAAUGGAACCAUUAUUUGAAAUUUGUGAUCCAAUAUUUAUAAGAGUUUUGGAAUUGUAUGAUGUGAAAACUAUUGUGGCCAUUGGAAAGUUUUGUGAGGUCAGAGCACACCGAGCGUUAAAAAAAUAUUUACCAGAUCAUUCCAUUCAGGUUGUGUAUUUGCCUCAUCCAAGUCCGCGAUCUGUAAAUAACAACAAUUGGGACCAAAAAGCUAGAGACCAUUUAAAAAAAUAUGAUCUUUUAAAAUUUUAUGCUAAUUCUCAAUAAAAACUGAAGAUACUGAAAGAUUAUUGUAAGUCCCUUAGUGUCAAACUGUAAUCAUAAUGAUAACAUAUGAAAGUAUGUUUAAUAUUAUUUUCUAGUUUUCAGACCUAUUAAAAACAUAUUCAAUCAUGACAGAGCUAAUGAGAAGAGCACUUGAUCUAGCAAAAGAGGCACUUGCAGCCCAAGAAGUGCCAGUUGGGUGUGUUUUUACAGUAGAUGGCAUCAUUAUUGCAGAAUCAAGAAACACCGUAAAUUUCACCCGAAACGCUACCAGACAUGCGGAAAUUAAUUGUAUUGACAAAAUAAUACUAUACUGUAGACGUCGCAAUCUUAACUACCAUGAUUUUUUUAAAAGAAUUGUAGUAUAUGUUACUGUUGAACCCUGCAUCAUGUGUGCAGCUGCAUUAAACAAUCUCUGUGUCAAGGAGGUUGUAUAUGGAUGCGCCAAUGACAGAUUUGGUGGUAAAACUGUGUUAGAUAUAAGUAAUUUUUAUAAGCAUUGUUACACAUUAACAAGUAAUAUUUUAGCCGAUGAAGCAAUGUCACUACUAAAGCAAUUUUAUAAAGGGACUAAUCCCAAUGCUCCAGAAUCAAAGAUUAAAAAGAAAAAAAUAUGAUUGCCAUUUUUUUUUUAAAUUUAGGUAUUUUUUCUUAUUAUAUU